AUGUCCAAGUUGCUAUCUGCCCUCACUAACCCUGAUGAACUACCAGAGAUAUUGACUAUACACCCACUGACUUUUGCGUGGGAUGCAUACAAUGGCCACUGCCAUGAAGCCCAUCCCUGGCAUGCUCAAUGGACACUGUUUGCUCCAAUGCAGCUCGCCCUGGUCAUUCUCACCCGCUUACACCCACAAGAUAUUGUGACUUGUGAUUCAGAGACCGAAGGCCUCCAGAAAUGCCCAGGGUGCAGGAAGGUUUUCCUGUCCCAAAAGCGCUUGAGUGGUCACGAGGCCCAGUGUGAAGCCGACAAACUUCUAGAUGCUGAUGUCUACAAGAGUCAGUGUCACCUCGAGAAGGGGCAUAAGAAGCAUAGGAAGAUGAGAGCUCGAGAUGAGACCAGGUCUCCAGAACACAGGCAAAGGAACACCUCACCUGAAGCUGACAUGCAGAUGGACCUGGGUGAUGACCAUGUCAAUACUGAGUACGGUGAUAUUGCUGGACCCUUGGGAUAUAUUCCAGAACUGGAACCUCCAGUGCCUACCCCAGACACACCUGCUGUUGUCUCUGCCCAUUCUGGACAGCAAAUACGGAUGCCUGCGCGGUAUAUUGACUAUAUUCCAGGCUCAUCAACUCAUCUCACUCACAUGCCCCCGAUGAAUCAUCAGGAGCAUGGAUGA